GCUGGCGGACUACAACUCCCAGGCGGGCGGCGGAGCGGAGCCGGGCCGAGCCGGGCCGAGCCGAGCCGGGCCGGGCCGAGAUGAACGCGGUGCUCGCCGUCAAGCAGUACGUGUCCAAGAUGAUCGAGGACAGCGGGCCGGGCAUGAAGGUGCUCCUCAUGGACCGGGAGACGACCGGCAUCGUGAGCAUGGUGUACACGCAGUCCGAGAUCCUGCAGAAGGAGGUGUACCUCUUCGAGCGCCUCGAUUCCGCCAACAGGGAGGCCAUGAAGCACCUGAAGGCCAUCUGCUUCCUCCGGCCCACCAAGGAGAACGUGGAGCUCCUCAUUCAGGAGCUGCGGAGGCCAAAGUACAGCAUCUAUUUUAUUUAUUUCAGUAACGUGAUCAGUAAGAGCGAUGUCAAGUCACUGGCUGAGGCUGACGAACAGGAGGUUGUGGCAGAAGUUCAGGAGUUCUACGGCGAUUACAUCGCAGUGAAUCCACACGUUUUUUCUCUCAACCUCUUGGGCUGCUGCCAGGGUCGCAGCUGGGAUCCGGCUCAGCUGUCCAGGACAACUCAAGGGCUGACUGCUCUGCUUUUGUCUCUGAAGAAGUGCCCCAUGAUUCGGUACCAGCUCUCUUCUGAGUCGGCGAAGAGGCUUGCUGAAUGCGUGAAGCAAGUAAUCACUAAAGAGUAUGAGCUGUUUGACUUUCGGCGCACUGAGGUUCCUCCUUUACUUCUCAUUCUGGACCGGUCCGACGAUGCCAUCACUCCGCUUCUGAACCAGUGGACGUACCAGGCUAUGGUUCAUGAGUUGCUGGGGAUUAACAACAACCGCAUCGACCUCUCUCGGGUACCGGGGAUAAGCAAGGAUCUCCGCGAGGUGGUCCUGUCUGCCGAGAACGACGAGUUCUACGCCAACAACAUGUACCUGAACUUUGCGGAGAUUGGCAGUAACAUCAAGAAUCUUAUGGAGGAUUUCCAGCGGAGGAAACCUAAGGAGCAGCAGAAGCUGGAAUCUAUAGCAGAUAUGAAGGCAUUUGUGGAGAAUUACCCGCAGUUCAAGAAGAUGUCAGGCACGGUAUCGAAGCACGUGACGGUGGUGGGAGAGCUCUCUCGACUGGUUGGUGAGCGGAACCUGCUGGAGGUGUCCGAAGUGGAGCAGGAGCUGGCCUGCCAGAAUGACCAUUCCAGUGCUCUGCAGAACGUGCGUCGCCUCCUGCAGAACCCCAAGGUGACGGAGUUUGAUGCUGCCCGGCUGGUGAUGCUUUAUGCCCUGCACUACGAGCGGCACAGCAGCAACAGCCUGCCAGGGCUGAUGACAGAUCUCAAGAACAGGGGUGUGUCAGAGAAAUACCGAAAGCUGGUGUCUGCCGUUGUGGAGUAUGGAGGGAAGCGGGUCCGGGGCAGUGACCUGUUCAGUCCCAAGGAUGCUGUAGCCAUCACCAAGCAGUUCCUCAAAGGACUGAAGGGUGUGGAGAAUGUGUAUACGCAGCACCAGCCUCUCCUUCAAGAAACACUAGAUCAGCUCAUCAAAGGAAAACUCAAGGACAGCCAGUACCCCUACCUGGGUCCCAACACUCUCCGUGACAGGCCCCAAGACAUUAUCGUGUUCAUCAUUGGAGGGGCAACUUACGAAGAGGCGCUGACCGUCUAUAACCUUAACCGCACCAACCCGGGGGUCCGGGUCGUGCUAGGUGGGACCACAAUCCACAACACAAAGAGGAUCUCAGGAUCUGAACAAGAGCAAGACACAGAGCCCAGCCCUCCGGACUCCCCGACACUGCUGUUAACCGCUGCAUGCUCGCUGCCUGCUUCGACUUUUUUUCCCUCUGCAGUUGGCCAACAGCAGCCCCCGGCAGCUGAUCUCCGCCUGACAAUAAUUUUUCUCCCUGAGAAGCAGUUCACCUUCUCAGCUGUGUCUCUGAAUGUGUUGCCUGUUGGUUUUUGUGUGGAGCCGUUGCUCUGGCAUGCGGCUGAGCCGUUCACUUGACUAUAGUGCAAACUUGCACAUAAGUCUCAAAUUGACCAGUUCCUUGGGGUCCAGCCCCCAAACUGCCUUAAAUUUCCUUGGGAAAUCAUACAGAGGAGACGGGGAUGAAUCUGAGUACGUACACAAGCAUUUUACUGAGUUAAAACUUCCUUGAGAUGCAUCUGAACAAAUGGUUAGUGCCCAGAGGUUUCCGUGUGGCUCAUUAUUUAGGUCUGAGUGUGGUUUAGAGAGGCUGGAAGUGGGAGGGAGGGUCUGGCUGUGGAUGUGAUCCCCGGGACGAGGCUGAGCGCUGGGGCGUGAGGCAGAAGCAGUGACCCAGGCUGCUCAAGGGGCUGCUUUCCAGAAAGCCCUGGCUGUGAAGUGUCAAGGAUGCCUCAGCAGGAGGUUUCCACCCUGCCUCUUCCUGCCUUAUCAUCCACACAGGAAGACUGAGAGUGAGCAGAAAAACAAACCUGAAUGCUGGCCUUCCUGGCUUUGUUACUGCAAGGCGCGUGGGGCUGCCAGCGCGGUCCAUGCUGAGCUGAGCCUGCCAGGAGCUGCCGCCCUCGUUCUGGAAGCCUUACCGCUCGUGGCACAGGGAGAGACAGGAGACCGCCCGGGCAGGACGGCACGUUUAAGGAUGAAUGGCCGUGAUAAGUGAAGGUGGUGACCUGGUGAUCCACGCUGGGUGCUCCAGGGUUUGGUGCCCAGGGCAGGCCAUUGCGGUCCCAUAGCUCUGCACGUUGCCCUCCCUCACCGAACUCAUCCUGGCUGGUGGGAGGAUCCGUUGCUGGAAAACGGGAGCGUUCUCCGAGGCUGCCGAUCACUUAUUUCCUCCUGGAUUAGUGUCUCCUAACUUUAGCUGUCCCGGUCCGAGGAUGUUUCCCCUCACAGGCAGCUGGAGGAGUAGGUCAGUCAGAGGGUGAUGCGUCCACCCUGCCGCUGUCCCUCGCCUGCGGAGGGGAACGGUUAGCCCCGACGCCAGCCCUCAGGGUGCUGCUUUCCCAUGGGAGGAGGCGAGGGUCUCUUUGUUGUGUGCUCCUUCAGGGACCCUCAGUCCUUGCCGCUUCCUUGCUGCUGCCUCCCUGGGGAGGGAGCCGCUGGGUUUAAUGCGGGCCUGGUGAGGGGACGGAGCAUCACCGCUGGGACCGGGAUCCCUGUUCCGGGUGGGGGUUCUGUGGGAUAACGUGCUGGUGUGGGCAGGUCUUCUCCUCUUUGCCACCAUCACCAGGUAUGAGGGAGCGACUCUGUCCCCCUCCUGGUGACAGCAGGGCAGAAAGCAGGUGUUCCCAUAGCUCUGAGGUUGUAGAGCACUUGCUGGUUUUGUUCAAAGGCUUGACGCCAGGCCAUGUGGGCACUUUCUGUCUGCAUGGGUUGGCCCUUGUCUCUGCUAAUCUUAACUUUGCU